AAAACCCGCCUGCGCCCACCGUCCGUCUGCUUCUCUCCGACACAACUGAAUGUGUUUUAAUCACAGGGAAAGUUUUCAGGCCGACGGGAAGGAGACCACCUUGGAAUAUUUCAUGGUUGGAAUUUAAAAAUCCCUACAUUUCGCAUCAAAACAGACCACAGAUGUUUGCUGACCAAACGCUCAAAACAUUUUUGCUAGAUGCUCCAUCCAAACUGCUUCCUUAAAGGUUCGCGCGGAGUCAUCGUCUGAAAGCGGAGAUGUCUUCCAAAACGCCGAGCUCCAGUAGCGUCGCACAGGCCAGGCGGACGGUGCAGCAGCUGAGGAGGGAAGCUCGCAUCGACAGGAUAAAAGUGUCCAAGGCUUCAUCAGACCUGAUGCGAUACUGUGGAGAGCAUGCCAAGAACGACCCUCUCCUUAUGGGCAUCCCAACCUCAGAGAACCCCUUCAAAGAAAAGAAGCCUUGCACCGUUUUGUAGCUGAAUACCCAAACUGUUGCUUUUCUAGACUCUUAUAUAACAUGGCUGUUAGUAGCUUGAACAAACUUGACUAAAACCCUCGGUGAUGGUUGACUUUUUUUCACAUUUAUCGUUUUUUUUUUCCAGAUUAUAAGUUGCAGGGUUUUUUUCAUAGUUUGCUUGAUUCUGCAUCUUAUACCCCAGUGUGACUUGUGUAUGAUGUUUUUUUUCCUUUUAUUUCUCCUCUUAUAGUUUUUUGACUGAUGCGUUAAAUGUUAAUUCAUACUGACAAAAAUGAACCAAGGAUUAAGCAACACAGUUUGCAGCUGUGAGGAAGGGAAGGUGACCAGACCUGGAGGAACGAGUGUGUUGCCUCAAUAAUGUGUUCUGAGUCUAGUGAAUGGUGUAGUUACAUAUCUAUGCCCUGAAGGUUGCCAAGGAGAUGAACAUAUGAGGCUUUGCAGGCGGGUCUUCUUGGUGCAACAGCGUCAUUGAACGCAACCGCCUCUCUCCAGGCGUCUCCGCUCUGCUGUGCACUUCACCGCCCAUGGCAGGAUAAUCUGACAGGGUGGCACGGAUCGUCAGAACAUUGGCGGAGUCGUUUCUGACCACCUGAUUUACAGCACGGACAUCAGUGCAUCAGAAACUGCCAGCAGACUACCAAGUCAAAGCUCACCGGUUCCAUGAGUUUGUUAAAAAACAACUGGAACCUUUCAUCAACAUGGACGAGGUCAACCUUGUACUACGAGGCAACUUACAGUCCAAAAAAUAUGGUACCUUUUAAAUAAAAAUAAAACCAAAGAACAGGCAGAAGUCUGAAAUGUUCAGUUCUAGGUAUAAUUUGCAUGCUAGCCCAGUAGAGGCUUCACAUUUCCUCUGUGGCAGCAAACACCUGAUGAAUAAUUACCAUAUCAUACCAAAACAAGACCCUUAACUCGUUGAAUCAAUCAGAUAGAAAAGCCUUUACCUCUUAAUUUCAUCAUGCCUGCUUGAGGAAGGAGGGAGUUUGUGCUCUACUGAUAAGGACCAUUCAAGAUAAUUACGUCCUGUCAGUGGACCAACAGGCUGCUGCCCAUUACUGCAUGACAAAUGGAGACGGUGAAGCUCUGUUGCUGGUGAUGGCCAGCUGUUGCCUCAGGCAGCCAUGGACUAACAAUCACAAGUAGAGAUCAUGCUUGUUGUUGUCCAUUUAUAGGUCGCUCCAAACAGCAGUGUCCAUGUGUGUUCCAUAGAGAACGUGGAUUCAUUCCUUAGUUUAUAGAUUUGUAAAAGAAAAAAAAUAAGUUUCUCAACCCAACAUGUUCUACGACGGGCGGAUGUUGAAUCGUCACAAGGAUAAAAGAGAGCAGAUUUCCUGGAAUACGCUCAGCCUUCUGCUUUUCUGUUGAAAGUCUUGCCGUGUUGCAGCCUAAACGAAGCACAGCCACAUAUCAAUAUAAUGCUGUAUACAGAAAUACUGCAAAUAAUUGGAAUAAAAUCCCAUUUAUUUCAGGAGCUUUAUCUUCAAGUGGAACAUU